AUGACCACAGGCCAUGCAGGACUCCCCUGGCAGAGCAAUCAACAUGGAAUUAGCUCUAAUACUUCUAAUACCAAACAGACUUCGCAUGAAAGAGUCGAGGGAAUUAGUGGUGCAAAAAGAAUAAAGAAAAACAGCGCGUGGACUGGGCUCGAAGCAGCUUUGCAAGGAUUACGUAUAAGCUCCAGUUCCUUUCCAACUCUCCAGUCAGCUAUUGGUACUCUGACGACAUGCCUUGAAGUAUUCGAGGUGCGAAGCUUCACAAUAGACGAUCAGACAAUUAAUAAUUAUCUCAUUUUCGAGCAGCAAGCAUCUACGCAUGAAGACGAGUAUGAGGCUUUAGCAUUGGAGCUGGAGAGUGUAGUCACCUCUCUCAAGCACCACUUGAACAUCCCAAGGUCUGCGAGGGUGCUCGGUGUAAUUUCUACCGUUUCGAGAGCGAUUGAGAAAGAGGUUCAUUUGAUUAGUGACAUACGAGAUGGAGGCAGCACAAGGCGAAUCCUUCGCGCGUCAAAAGAUGAAGAGGUCCUCGUGCGAGUCUAUCGCAGGAUCGCCGAGCUGUUCUCCCGGCUGCAGAGUAUUGCAAACGAGCAUCUAGCCAACACGCGCCUUGAAGCAUUGAGCCCGUCAAAGCAGGCAAGGUGCGACUCGAACCUGGGCGACGAGAUUGGCCGGCGCCAGUGUACCGAGGGCACCCGAGAGUCACUACUAGCCGACUUGUACCAGUGGUCGGACAGCCUUGAUGACAAGCCGGUCUACCUGAUGAGCGGCAUAGCUGGGACGGGCAAGGCAACCAUUGCAUACAGUCUGGCAAAGCUCCUCGAAGACGAUAGCCGUCUUGGCGCCAGCUUCUUCUGCACUCGAGCGGCCGCGUCAUGCAAGGAUGCGAGCCGCAUCAUACCUAGCAUUGCCUACCAGCUUGCGCGGUACUCUACGGCGUUCCAGUCGGCGCUAUGUCUGGUGUUGGAUGCAGACCCUGAUCUUGGAUCUCGAAAUAUGACAACUCAGUUUAAACGGCUACUUAGGGAACCUCUCCUGCAAGUGAAAGAUAAGAUACCGAAGCAUACGGUGGUGGUGCUCGAUGCGCUGGAUGAGUGCGACAAUUUGAAGGCAACUAGGCUUUUGUUUGAUUUGAUCAUCCGGUCUGCGUGCGAGCUUCCAAUCAAGUUCUUUGCGGCUAGUCGACCGGAGUCCAGAAUACAGCUAAUGUCAUCGCAAGUCAACGACAUCGUUCAUAUAUCGCAUCUACAUGAAAUCGAGAGCUCGUUAGUGAAACGCGACCUAGAAGUCUACUUACAUGAGGAGCUAGCGUGUAUCAAACCAUCGCAGCAACAAAUUAACCAGCUCGCCGAAUUGGCAAACAAUCUCUUUGUUUAUGCCGCUACGGCGGUUCGAUACAUCAGGUCCGACGAAGCGGGCGUUUAUUCGAACGAACGUCUACUCACCAUACUAAAUGAAACCAAGUACACCAGCAAAAAGUUCAGCGAAAUCGAUGAGCUCUAUACAACAAUACUUACUUCAGCUCUGGAAAACAAACGUUUGGAACCAGAAGAAGCCACACGUACACAAGCUUUAUUGAAAACCGCAACCUGCAUUCAAGAGCCCGUCACAAUCAAAACACUCGCCUCACUCGCGGGUCUGGAUGACUCUAGCUAUGCUUUCGUUGCGUUGGACCCCCUUCGUUCUGUCUUGCACGUUUCGAGGCAUACAGGACUUGUGUUUGUAUUUCAUGCAUCCUUCUCUGAUUAUCUAUUUCAUCGUGAGCGUUCUGGUCGCUUCUUCUGUGACAAAGUGGAACAACACAUCGCGAUGGCACACAUUUGCUUCGAAUUGAUGGAAAAGCAACUUCGGUUUAACAUAUGCGAGCUCCAAUCGUCAUAUAUUUUCGAUUGUGCAGUUGCGGACCUAGAGCAACGGAUCGAGUCCAACAUAUCAGCCUCUCUCACAUAUUCUUGCCAGCAUUGGGCUAACCAUCUUUGUUUGGUGCCGAUUUCCAAUCACCUAUGUACCGUUCUUCAUGAAUUCCUCACUCGAAGGUUACUGUUCUGGAUGGAGGUACUGAACCUGAAGGAAUAUAGAAUAUUUGGCAUCCGUUCCAUCACUGAUGUGCAGAGGUGGAUUGCGUCGAGUGACGCAUUUGAGGACCUCACGUUAUUUAUACACGAUACUGUCGUUUUCGUGCUUCAGUUCUUUACAUCCACUGUCUCGCUUUCGACCCCACAUAUCUAUAUCUCUGCACUUCCAUUUUCCUCGAGGCGCUUGCGGCCAUGGUACCAAAACAAGUUCACAGGGCUUAUUGAUAUCUGGGGGUAUAUAGACAGUCAAAGUCUUGUUGCGGACUUGAUACUAUACCACCCACCUAGCUGCACCGCAUUGUCCCCCAAUGGCGAUUGCGUUGCUACCGGCUCUGCCGAUGGCUUCCUUGAACUCUGGGACACUCGCUCCACGACACUGGGACAUCAGCUAACUCGUUCAUUAAUUGGACGUGCUAGGGGUUUGGGAGCGGUUCAAUUUUCUCUCGAUCAAAAAUAUAUUGCGACAGGCACAAAUGAUGGUUCCAUCUGGCUCAGUCAUUAUUUUGACGGAGACGUAAUCGAUACAUUCGGCUCAUUGGAAGGACACGAAGACAAGGUGUGGGCACUAGAUUUUUCACCCGAUGGCAUUCUACUUGCAUCAGGUUCAGCCGACUGCACUAUCCGCAUUUGGAACUUUGUUGAACAGCGUCUUGUUGCUGGACCACUCCAGCGGCAUUCCGGUGUGAUUCGAUCAGUCAAAUUCUCCCCAGACGGAACCAAAGUCGCCUCAUGCUCAGACGACUGUAGCGUCUGCAUUUGGAACACCACAUUAGGGAGCCUCAUCUUAGGACCUCUCGAGGGGCAUACAGACGCCAUCUAUUCAAUUGGCUUUUCGCCUGAUGGUGCAUUCCUAGUCUCCGGAUCGAGUGACGGGUCCAUUUGCAUAUGGAAUAUUGCCUGUGGUAGUGUAGUUGCUAACCAACUGGAGCCCCAAAAAGGCUCAGGUGGAAUACUGUCUGUCAAGUACUCCCUCAACGGCAACUAUGUGUACUGUGGGUGUCAAGGCAAUGUUAUUCGUGUCUGGGAUACUGUCAACAAAGUCUUUCUUUCUGAUCCUCCAACACCUGAGGAUAGAAGAUGCUCAAUAAUGCUGACGCCGAAGGGUAUACACAUUCUCUCGGCUCUUUAUCUCCUUACGAUUGACGCCAAUAGUGACGUGCCUUCCCGCGCUGGGAGUUCGCCCUGUGAUGACCGCAGCUCAACGGGUGUGUGCUUUUCGUCUGAUGGAGAUGCUAUUAUUUCAAACUCGUCAAAUCGACGCAUGACCUAUGCGUGGGACUUGAAAACUGGGAAACUUAUCCAGGGUCCAUUCCAAGGACGUCUCGAUACAACCUGGGCAGUAGCGUUCCCGGCCUCCGAUACGCGCCUUGCCUUGGGUCCCAACAAUAACACUGUUCAUAUAUGGGACCAAGUAAGCGGGGUCAUUGUUGCUGGUCCAUUUAAGGGGGAGGUCAGCCAUGUAUUUCGCCUUCAGGCCUCCCUUGACAGUCAGCCCACUAUCUCUGCUAUUUCUACUACAUUGUCACUUUCUGAUGACGACAUCCCUAUCGAGAACCACGAUUCCACCAACUCAGCAUAUUCAAGAGAGAGGCUCUCAACAGGAAGAAGCGAAUUUAAGGAGUCAACCAUGUGGUUGGUUGCUAUUUCUCCUGACGGUACUCGCGUUGCCCUCGGUGGCAUUGGUAAUCAUCGCAACAUCUCUAUUUGGGAUAUAUCACUUCACGAUAUGCUUUUAGGUCCGUUUAUAGGGCACAGUGAUCGUGUCAAAUCUGUCAGCUUCUCACCCGAUGGUACCAUGCUUGUCUCGGGCUCGGAUGACCGUAGUAUUCGGAUUUGGAACUCGGCCUUUGUUUCCACACAUAGUUCUUUGCUCGAAGGGCACACAGACGGAGUCUUGACAGCAAUAUUCUCCCCCAACGCACAGCAGAUUGCUUCAGGUGCAAGAGAUUAUACUGCCGUCUCUUUCUCGCCCGAUGGCACAAAACUUGUUUCAAGCUCUCUUGGAAAAGCUAUCAUUGUAUGGGAUACUGCCAAAGGCGCUGUUAUUGCCGGACCCUUUAACGAGCUAUCAGAUGGGGCGUGGGGGAGGAAGCGGUUGGGUCUAAUCCCCUGCUCGGCGCUCAAUGGUUGGUGGUCAAGGGAUAUCGGAGCGUAUACUGUUAUCAAACGUCGGCCAGUCUCCGCUCUUUAA